AAUAAUGAGUACCCUCUAUUUUAUAUCCCUCCAUCUCCUACAUCCUCCUCCACCUCUACUCAAUUAUCCUCCUUAAUUUCUGAAAUGUUCUUUUUUCUGGAAUUUUUCUGGAAACGUACCUUAUCGAUGACAACGUUUUUAUCAGAAUUUUAUCAAUAUAGUAUUUAUCACUUUAAUUUUAGCAAUUUAAAGCCUUCAUGGACUUGCACCCAAACAUCACCUUUUAAACGUUAUUUUUUGAUUUUAUAA